AUGAUCAUUGGAUUCAUAAUAUGUGUUAUUUAUAUUGUACUUGUAAAUAAAAUUCAAUCCGUAAACAUAGUUAGAACAGGUUCCAAGAGUGGAAUCCAAACAUUGAACGCAAGUUCAAACUAUCGCAAAAAUCAAAUUAGAAAUAGUAGUAAAAUAUCGCAAAAACCAACAUGUAAAUUAACACGUCCAAGUAUUAGGAGAAUUAAGUCGGGAAUUGGACCGUUUGCCUACGUUUCAACGACGUUGAAGGGAAUAAACCUGGGAUAUAAGAUCAGUGAACCCAAUUCACCGGAAAACGUUAUGAUCGUGGACGGAACGGGUCUGGCAUACAGGUGUUUCUUCGCUCUCCCGGACCUGAAGACGGCGAAGGGGAUCGAUAUAGGCUGCCUGAUGGGCUUCAUGAACUCACUGGCGAGGCUGCACCGCAUGUUUAACCCCAAGUACAUGGGAGUCGUGUUCGACUCGCCGGGCGCAAACGAUCAGAAGAGAGAUAUCUGGCCGGAGUACAAGCUGAACAGGCAAGUAGUGUCAACGUCGUUUAUAAAUCAGCUCGGGUGGAUCAGGGAGUUUUGCGCAAUUCUGGGCCUCCCGGUGUUCAUAGAAAGGUCGACAGAGGCGGACGAUAUAAUAACAAGCAUGAUCAACUUUAUCAGAGAAGUUUCCAGUGAAAACAGCAGAAAGUUGAAGGACGACGAGUACCCGAAGGAAAUAAGCUUUGCGAAGAACACGACCAGGGGAAUAUUUGACAAAUUUUCAAACAAUCUGAAAGACGGGAGUGAUCAGACCGCUGUGAUCUCAGACUUCGUCGCUAGCAGCGACGGCACCAGGGUUGACGGCGACGAUAUGGAAUCCAUUGGCCUCGGGUACGAUGUUACGGUGGUGACUGCGGACAAGGACCUCUUGCAAAUAUUGGCGCAAAACGGCAAGAGCAAAGUCACUGUUAAAAUAGUACAACCGCAUAAGUCAUACAGGAUAGUGAAUCAGCACACAGUAAAGAAGGAAUAUGGCAUUGACCCCGAAAGGUUCAGCGAGUACCUGGCUCUAGUCGGCGACUCUGCCGACAAUAUUCCCGGAAUAAUGGGAAUUGGCCCUAAGACAGCACCGAAGUUGAUAGAAAAAUACAAGACUUUCGACGACAUUCUGACCUCGGAGGAGAUAAACAAUCUGACGAAGAAGGGCGGCAAGUACAGCGAGAGCGUGAAGAUGGCCCACGAGUUCCACAGCAUCGUGAAGCUGAAGAAGAACCUCAGGGUGCUCACGUCCAUGGACCAGCUGGUCAAGUCGAGUCCACUCUCGUGUCAGCUCGCCAAGUUCCUCAAGAUGUUUUCGCUCCAAAAGGCCUCGUCCAAGUGGUCCAUGUUCACCAAAUGA